AACGCCAGAGCGAGGCUGUGAGCUGAGCUGGUUGCGUGAGGUCCUGCGGCUCGGCUUCAGGUGUGACAGGCAGCGGCAGCCUGGCUGAGAAGAAGAAGCCAGUGCGAUCCCCUGAGCUGUGAGCGCGGUCACCAUGGACCGCCAGGAUGAGGGGCCUCCAGCCAAGGCCCGCCGCCUGAGUAGCUCAGAGCCCACUCAGCUUGACCAGCUGCCGCCGCCGCCGCCUCCACCUCCGCUCCUGCGACUGCCCCUGCCUCCACCGGAGCAGCGCCCGAGGCUCCGGGAGGAAACCGAGGCGGCACAGGUGCUGGCUGACAUGAGGGGGGUGGGACUGGGCCCCACUCUGCCCCCGCCGCCGCCCUAUGUCAUUCUGGAGGAGGGAGGGAUCCGCGCAUACUUCACCCUGGGUGCUGGGGGUCCCGGCUGGGAGCCAGCGAUGGAGUCAGGGUUCGGGGAGGCGCCCCCUCCCACGGAGAGCCUAGAAACAUUCUCUCCUUCGGAGGCUUCUGGGGGAAGUCUGGAGAUUGACUUUCAGGUUAUGGAGCCUAGCAGUUUUGCUGGAGAGAAGGCCCUAGAAACCUGUAGCGCAGAGGAGUGGGGGUACCAGGGGUUAGCUGGUCCGAGGGGGAAGGAAGAGGCUAUCAUCUUAGUGGAAGAUGACGACGAGGAUGAAAAGGAAAGUGUGAGGAAGAGGAGGAGGAGGAGGAAGAGGAAGCAGAGGAAGGUGAAGAAGGAGAGCAAGGAGAGGAAUGCCGAGAAGAUAGAGUGCAUCCUGCAGGCACUGGAAAACAUUCAACUGGACCUGGAGGCGGUGAACAUCAAAGCAGGCAAGGCCUUCCUCCGUCUGAAGCGCAAGUUCAUCCAGAUGAGAAGACCCUUCCUGGAGCGCAGAGACCUCAUCAUCCAACAUAUCCCAGGCUUCUGGGUCAAAGCAUUCCUCAACCACCCCAAAAUUUCAAUCUUGAUCAACCAACGAGAUGAAGACAUUUUCCGCUACUUGACCAAUCUGCAGGUACAGGAUCUCAGACAUAUCUCCAUGGGCUACAAGAUGAAGCUGUACUUCCAGACAAACCCCUACUUCACAAACAUGGUGAUUGUCAAGGAGUUCCAGCGCAACCGCUUGGGCCGGCUGGUGUCUCACUCUACCCCAAUCCGCUGGCACCGGGGCCAGGAGCCCCAGGCCCGCAGGCACAGGAACCAGGACACCAACCACAGCUUCUUCAGCUGGUUCUCAAAUCAUAGCCUCCCAGAGGCUGACAGGAUUGCUGAGAUUAUCAAAAAUGACCUGUGGGUUAACCCUCUGCGCUACUACAUGAUGGGAGAAGGGGGCUACAGGGCAAACAGAAAGAAGCAAGAAAAGGAAGAAAGGCUUCUCCACAGUAAAAACAGGGACAAGUGUGAGGUAGUGAUCCUGGAAGACUCUGAUGACUAUCAUGUAAUGGAAGACAUUAUCAGCGAGACCUCAGACAGUGAUGGUAUCACCGACAAUGAGACCAUUCAUGACAUCAAGAUCUCUGACUUCAUGGAGACCACCGACUGCUUUGAGACUACUGACAAUGAGAUAACUGACAUUAGCGAGAGCCUCUGUGACAGUGAGAGUCCUGACCAUAAUGAGACCACUGACAACGAGAGUCCUGAUGACAGUGAGACCACUGAUAAUAAUGAGAGCUCUGAUGACAAUGAGAACACUGACAACAGUCAGUCAUCAGAGAAUCCUGAUGACAACAAUGAGAACCCUGAAGACAACACUGAUGACAAUGAAGAGAAUACUGAUGACAAUGAUGAGAACCCUGAUGGUGAUGAUGAUAACCCCAAAGGUGACAACCAUGGCAGCAAUGGCAACAACCAGGACAGCAGCGACAGUGACAAUGAAGGAGACAAUGAGGGCAGUGAUGAUGAAGAUAAUGACGGCAAUGAAGGCGAUAACGAAGGCAGUGAUGAUGAUGGCAAUGAAGGUGACAAUGAAGGCAGUGACGAUGACGACAGAGACAUUGAAGAUUACAAGAAUAACAUUGAUGACCCUGACAAGGAUCAAGAUAACAGCAACAAACAGGAUGACUAUGAGGAUGAGGUAGAGAACAUCUCUGAAGAAUCAUCAGUGGAGGAAGAAGAAGAGGGCAGUGAGGAAGACAGCGAACAAGAAGGUGAGGAGAGUGAUAAUGAGGAAGGAAGUGAUGAGGAGGAGGGGAUUGAAGAAGACUCAGAAGGAGGGGAAGACUCUGAAGGUUCCGACAUGGAGGAGGUGCUUCAGGUCCAGAACGUUUGGGCCAACCCGGGGAAGAGGGGCAAAACUGGAUAAACAUUUUACCUUUGCAGGGGCUGCCUCUCUGUAUCCCUCUCCCCCCUCCCCAUUUGCCCUCCCCCUCAGCUAGGGCCGCGCGGCCCCACAUUGCACUUCUGGGGGGUGACCGACUUCGUACACGGGUUUAAAGUUUAUUUUUAUGGUUUAGUAAUUGCAGAAUUCUUAUUUCGGGGGGGAGGGAAAGGGGGAUUUCCCCCUUCCUUUUGGCCCUCCUCCCCUGCAGGCUUCUGUGUGCUGCUACACGUAUUUAUUGUGAUGCCUUGGUCAGGGCCCCUCUAUCCCCCUCCUCGUGCUGUGUGGAGUGGACACCCUUGAUCCCGAAGCGGGGAGGGCCGCUGUGGCCUUGGGGGGCUCUGCUGCCACCCUGUUCUCCCAAGCCUCUUUCCCUCCGUCCCUCGCCCCCUCCCCCACGCUGUGCCCGCAAGCCCGCCAGCCAGCCUUGGUGGUGUCUAUGCAAGGCCGCUUGUCAUUGCGGUAUUCCUGUCCCCCUCCCCCAGAAGCCCCUCCUUGUUCCUUGUGAACCUAAUCCUAAUAAAAUUCUGAGCAAA